CGUUGAGGGGGAGUUACCAAGCCCAGGCAGCAAAAACAUCCCGCCACAUUCCUGGGGAGUCCUCAGCUGCCAGCAUCUGAUUAGAACCAUAUCUCUCUCCCCGGGAGUGGCCGCGCGGCACCGAGGCUCCCGGCCGGAGGCUAUUUAAGCGGGGCCCACCGCGUCUUCUGCGCUGUAGCCUAUAGACUCCAGGCGCGGGGAAGUCAUGCUGGCUCCGCAGAGGCACUAGCUAGCCCGUGUGUGUCGUGGGUUAUGUUCAUUUGAGACCUGCAUAUUGAAGAUUGCCUGGUGUCAGUGAGUGUCUGCUGCUGGGUUUUCUGCUUGCCUUCCUGCCAUGUCUAACGAAGUAGAAACAAGCACAACCAAUGGUCAGCCUGACCAACAGGCUGCACCAAAAGUGCCAUCAAAGAAGGAAAAGAAGAAAGGUUCUGAAAAGACAGAUGAGUAUCUGUUGGCCAGGUUCAAAGGUGAUGGUGUAAAAUAUAAGGCCAAGCUAAUAGGUAUUGAUGAUGUGCCUGAUGCAAGAGGAGACAAAAUGAGCCAAGAUUCUAUGAUGAAACUCAAGGGAAUGGCAGCAGCUGGCCGGUCUCAGGGACAGCACAAGCAAAGGAUCUGGGUCAACAUUUCCCUGUCUGGCAUAAAAAUUAUUGACGAGAAAACUGGGGUAAUAGAGCAUGAACAUCCAGUAAAUAAAAUUUCUUUCAUUGCCCGUGAUGUGACAGACAAUAGAGCAUUUGGUUAUGUGUGUGGAGGAGAAGGCCAGCAUCAAUUUUUUGCCAUAAAAACAGGGCAACAGGCUGAACCAUUAGUUGUUGAUCUUAAAGACCUUUUUCAAGUUAUCUACAAUGUAAAGAAAAAGGAAGAAGAAAAGAAAAAGGUCGAAGAAGCCAGCAAAGCAGAGGAGAAUGGGAGUGAGGCCCUAAUGACCCUUGAUGAUCAAGCUAACAAACUGAAGCUGGGUAUUGACCAGAUGGAUUUGUUUGGGGACAUGUCUACACCUCCUGACCUAAAUAGUCCAACAGAAAGCAAAGAUAUCCUGUUAGUGGAUCUAAACUCUGAAAUCGACACCAAUCAGAACUCUUUAAGAGAAAAUCCAUUCUUAACAAAUGGCGUCACCUCCUGUUCUGUCCCUCGACCAAAGCCUCAGGCAUCCUUCUUGCCUGAAAAUGCCUUUUCUGCCAAUCUCAACUUCUUUCCCACCCCUAACCCUGAUCCUUUCCGUGAUGAUCCUUUUGCACAGCCAGACCAAUCGGCACUCUCUUCGUUCGAUUCUCUCACAUCUCCAGAUCAGAAGAAAGUGAAUUUGAGUAGCUUGUCUACUCCGCUGAGUAAAGGGCCCCUGAACGGUGAUACCGAUUACUUUGGUCAGCAAUUUGACCAGAUCUCUAACCGGACUGGCAAACAGGAAGCUCAGGCAGGCCCGUGGCCCUAUCCAAGUUCGCAAACCCAGCAAGCAGUGAGAACUCAAAAUGGGGUAUCUGAAAGAGAACAGAACGGCUUCCAUAUCAAAUCUUCCCCGAACCCUUUUGUGGGAAGCCCUCCUCCCAAAGGACUAUCGGUACCGAAUGGCGUAAAGCCGGACUUGGAAAGCUCUGUCCAGUCCUCAGCACAUGACUCCAUAGCCAUUAUCCCACCUCCACAAAGUACCAAACCCGGAAGAGGCAGAAGGACUGCUAAGUCUCCAGCAAAUGACUUGCUUGCAUCAGACAUCUUUGCCUCAGAACCUCCAGGCCAGACGACACCCACAGGACAACCUGCAGCUCCUCAGACCAACCCUUUGGAUCUCUUCAAAACAAGUGCUCCUGCCCCAAUGGGGCCCCUUGCAGGUCUAGGUGGUGUUCCAGUAACACCCCCUCAAGCAGCACCUUGGACACCUGUUGUCUUCAGUCCUUCUACAGCUGUGGUCCCAGGAGCCAUAAUAAGUGGCCAGCCUUCAGGUUUUGGUCAGCCAAUCGUUUUUGGUGCAACCCCAGCAGUUCAAGUUUGGAAUCAGCCUUCAUCAUUUGCAGCCCCAACUUCCCCUCCAACCCCUGCAGUUUGGUGUUCUCCUGCCCCUGUGGCACCCAAUGCUUGGUCAUCCACAAGCCCUCUGGGGAACCCUUUUCAGAGUAACACCUUUCCACCUCCUGCCAUGCCCACUCAGUCUCCUCCUAUGCUGUCCUCUGUCCUGCCCACACCUCCUCAACCACCUCCCAGAAAUGGUCCCUUAAAGGACAUCCCCAGUGAUGCUUUCACUGGCUUAGACCCACUUGGGGACAAAGAAGUCAAGGAAGUGAAGGAAAUGUUCAAGGACUUCCAGCUACGCCAGCCACCUGUUCUACCCUCAAGGAAGGCAGAGACACCUUCUACUGGGACUUCAAGUGCCUUCUCCAGUUACUUCAACAGUAAAGUUGGCAUUCCUCAGGAGCAUGUAGACCAUGAUGAUUAUGAUGCCAAUCAACUGUUGAGCAAGAUUAAUGAACCGCCAAAGCCAGUUCCAAGACAAGGUCUCCUCUCAAAUACCAAGUCUGCUGACAAUUCUCUUGAGAACCCCUUCUCUAAAGGAUGCUUCAGUUCACCACAGCCCUCUGUGGCUUCUCAGCCUGCAUCUUCUGAUGCCCACAGGAGCCCUUUUGGAAAUCCUUUUGCCUAACUUCUGAAGAUGUAAUGCUGACUCUCCAGAGGGACAAAAGACUGGCUUGAGCCAAGGACAAAGCUGAUAGCCAGAAACGUGCUGACCUCUGUCCUUGUCCCACCUUUGACCUAGUAUCUGUUGCCUUACUUGUCUCUGCCUCUUGUAAAAUGCCUUUCAUUUUCUGCCUAGGCUGAAGCUAAACUGAAACUAUGGCUUUACGUAAAUUAAACUCCUAAACUCUCUAGCUCAAAUAUAAAUGAAGUAGCUUCCCUGCCAAAGCCUUGUCUGUUGAACCCAUAGAACAUUCCAGAAUAUUCCGCCUUCUACCCUACAGCUGUGGGGUCUGGCCACUUUAGCCCUUCAUAUCACACUGCCUUGAGUAAAUGUCCAAAUCCUCAUACCUCAAAGUCAUUCGGAGUUCCUAGUGUGCAGCUUAAACCUAAACAUUCUACUAAUAGGACAGCAGACAUCUUGCUUCCCAUUCCUACUCAGAAAGAAUUUUUUGAUGAGUAAAUUGAAAGCAAGACUAACUUCUCAAAAGCACACAGAACCAUCACAAGAUGACCAUUUCCCUCUAUAAUGAUAUUUCUCCUCUAAUUGUGUCAUUUACCAAUCCUGCCCCAAGAGGUGCUUACAGUAGACUUGAAGAGGAGGAAAUUCUAGCUCCAAACAUAAGGCAUUAUUCAAAGCUCAUGAAACAAUUCAUUUCUCCCUGGGGCCUCAAAUUGUUUUCAUUCCAGGCAUUUUACAGCUGUUUGACCCUGGUGACCUUAUGGCCUGAAUUUUCCUUGAUGAUCCUAAUUUCAUAUCAUGUGAUUUUUUUCUCAAUAAAGAUGAUUAUUGUGUGCAUUA